AUGGCUACCAACCACAACCAACAUGCCGCGCACAAUCACAACUCAAAGGAUUUUGAAAACGACUUGACUUCGCAGCAAAGGACUUCAUUGAACCAGACCAAUGACCACCUCGAUGUUCAAGUAUACGUACAGAUCCGAAGGCGCGAACAAUUUGACAUUUCAUUUGACCGCAAUUUUGAGGAUUAUGAAAUGGGAUUCGGAGAUUAUUGCGGUGCUGGAGAUUUUUGGCUGGGAUUGAAAAAAUUGCAUCAAAAAACCCAAUUUGGAAGAUGGCACCUCCGAUUGUCAAUGAGGAUAUUUUCGGAUUCUAUUGUGUUUUGGGGCGAGUGGAGAGAUUUCAAGAUCCACCAAGCUCCCCUUUACACCCUAACAUUCGGCACAAUGAUUGCAAAGAGUGAUAACAUGGCAAACACUACUGGUACACAGGAUGGCCUUGAUUUCCACAAUAGAAUGGCCUUCUCAACUCCGGAUACGGACCAGGAUAUGUGGACGUAUGGGAACUGUGCUGCAGACUAUGCAGCUGGCUGGUGGUAUGAGCAAUGUCACAGAGCAAAUUUGAACGGUAAAAUGGCCCCUUCAGCUUCAGUGGAUUAUGAACAAAUGUCUUACAACGAUGGCGAUGCAUGGAAAAUGAUUUCAAGGAGCGAAAUGAAAAUGAUUCGCGUUGCCUGA